CUCUCGCGGUGUGUUGCUUCGAACAAACUCAUUAAGAACGAAAAGACAUUCCUCCUUGGUGACAGAUAAACUAUGACGAUCUCCCACAGACGAAGUGAAAUACUGAAACUCUCCAAAUACAGCCUCGUAGUGGCCGGCGUCUGGCGUUUUUCAUGGACCAAGAGCCCAUCGCUUCAAAUAUUCUACCGAUUUUACUCGGUGCUCAUCCAGAUUUACUAUCCGGCGUGUUUGACUUCUUUGGCGACGCGAUUCGCGAUCUCCUCAGUCCGCGAAACACCUUCAGACAUUUCGACCUUCUUCCGCACGUUCGCGAUGACGAUUACGCUGACCAUCGUUCAGAUCAAGGUCGUUCUAUUCCAAACUCGCGCGGUCAAGCAAAUCAUACGGCAAAUCAUGGACGAGGAAAAGUCGAUUCUCGGUUCGAACGACGAGGAAAUACUGCAACGGUACUCCGCGCAAGUUGCUUUGUGUCGGAUAUGGAACUUGGCCAUAUUCUGGCUCAUCUUCGGUUCAGGAACUGGUAUGAUUUUGGGCAAUGUCCUGCAGAGACUCCAAACGAAAGAAGAAAGUCGAGAGUCGAAUCGGACUAUUCCCAAACCCUACUUGUACGAUUUCUACUACGCUUCGUUCGACGUGGAGGAGCACUCAACGAUCUUGACGCUGGUCAACUACGCCUAUAUGGUAGUUUCAGGGUGCAUGAUUUCCACACAGGUGAUCCUCGUCUCUUGCAUGAUGUUCGCCUCAUCGAUGCUCAAGACGUUGCAAGUGAGGUUCAAAAAGGCGUCCUGUUAUGAUGCAGACAUUUUGCUUACCCUUAAACGUCUCGUUAUGGAACACCAGCAUGUUAUAAGUUGGAGUUGCAGAUUCGUGAAAAAACUGAACAACUCGACCAAGCACUUGAUGCUGUUGGAGUACCUACUCAACUCUGUGAACGUGGCUUCAGUAUCCAUCCAGUUUCUAGUGACCAAACCAGGCGCAUCUUUGGCCUUUCCAGCUUGUCACUUCGGACUCCUGCUCGUGCAAAUCUUCUCCUUGGGCUGGAGCGCCGACGAGAUUAGAAUGCAGGUGCGUCAUUUUGCUUCAAAAUUCUCACGAGUCAGCCUUAAUCUUUCGAAGAGUUUGGGACUAGCCGACGCUCUCUAUGAAAGUAGUUGGUUUGAGCAGAGCGAGAACGCCAAAAGGCUGGUUCUGGUCAUGAUAACGAGAGCCCAGAGGCCACUGGCUCUGACAAUCGGGCCUCUGAGCGCGAUGACAAACCAAUCGGCACUCACGAUUAUGAAAGCCUCGUAUUCCUACGUCACUCUCAUGGCGAACAGCUACGGUUAAGCUUAGGUGGUACGUCGGAUUGUAGCAACUGGGGCAUUAAGCGUGUUUUAUUGGAGUCUGGCGGGCAACCUCGCAUGAGAAUCUGAAACGGCUUAGUGCGACCCUGGGUGUCAGUAAUCUCCCUCUCUCUCACGUCGGCUGCAUAGUACGGUAGACUGUUACCGGGCCCCACCAUCCAACCCAUGGGUCGCCGGGGCAUUGACAUAUCCACUUACGUGAGAAAAAAUAUUUACCGCGUGGCGUAUAACGCAUAAUUUUGAUUGGUACUAACUUUAAACGAUAUUAUUGGUUUGUUUUUCCCAAAGACGGUGUUGACUUCGAACAUUUUUGAAUAAUUGAUUUCAUUUAAAAGAAAUAUAUAUAAGACAGGAGGAAAAAAAUCUGAAAAUCUUUACUGAGGCAACGGAAAACUUUAAUUUACAGUACUGCACUAGUGUUCAAAAUCAAAGCACUACAUUUUCUGUCUUAUUUGUUAUCAUUUAAAGACAUAUUCCCCAAAUAUUACCAUUUACUAUGAAGUUGUUUUUGCAAGUUUUGUAUGUACUGUUUUUAUAACUGUCAUUUAUUUGAGUUAAAAAAGUUAAGUAAUUGGUUGUGUUAUGUGUUAUGUGUUAUGUGGCCACUAUUAGGUGUUAAUUAUUCAACAAUCAGUCGAAUGCACACUGGACUGUGGAUGACUGGAAGAGAGUUUUGAUCACAAAUGCAACUCGAGUCAGUGAAGAUCGGUUGGUUCUAUAUCAUGUGCGGCUCAUCAAUUGUUACCGGAGUAGGGUCACUGUAUUUUCUAAUAGCUAUAUGGUUUUAGUAUCUAGAUUAAAAUAAAAUGUAAUCAAUUCUUUUGUGAAUUUUUAGGUAUAGUGUAUAGAAACAACUAAAUAAAG